UUGAAAAGUACUCUGAGCAUUAAUGUAAAUAUUUAUUUAUUUAGAAUAUAUAAUUUAUUUUAACCUAGUAUCUUAUUUUUAUUAAGUUUGUGAAUUUUGUUUUACUAUGCGUUAAAGUGAAAUAAAUCUAAUAGUAUAAAAAUAAUAAUUGAUGCAGGAAAGUGGGAUGAUAAUUAGUGAAAAUGUCGACAGCUAUGACUUUUGGUCAAAAACAGUUUAUUCCAACUCCACCGGACAAAGGCAGUUUUCCACUGGAUCACGAAGGGUUGUGUAAGAAGACAAUGACAAAAUACAUGAAGUGUUUACUCAGUAACAAUGGUAAUAAUUCUUUAUGUCGUGACGAGGCUAAAGAGUAUUUAGCAUGCAGAAUGGAAAAUAACCUAAUGCUUAAAGAGGAUUUUUCAAAACUGGGUUUUAAAGACAUAGAAUCAAACCUAAAGAAAUGAUGUUACCAAUGCUACUUAUUGACCAUAGAUUUAUAUUUGUAAUAGAUAGAUGUUGUUACCAAUAACAAAUAAAAUAGUGUAAAUAAGUGUUAAUUUAGU